GACGACAAAUCGGCUACCUUUUCAUUUUUCACGGAAAGUUGACGAGUGAAGUAUACUAUAACGACAUACAAAUAUCUUAAAUCUUUUAAUUUAGACGUAUUUUAUAAAUAAAUGAUACAUCAAUGAAAAUAAACUUUUGAUGUUUUUGACUGUAAAAAUUAAUUAAAAAGACAUCACUCAUUAAUAAAAAAAUUAUUUAUAACGAAAAAGGAAAAAUAGUCAACAGUAAAAAAUGGUUUUGUUAAAUUAUUAUAUUUUGCCCAUCAUCAGUCUCGUCGCUAUUUACUUGACGUUUUGUGAAUCAGCAACAAUAAAGACGGAGAUCGAAUCAUCCAAUGAAUCACAAUUUAAAUUUUUCAUGGCGAAUCAACGAAGUUCACUCGAAUCGAGAAGCUGUGGUUUAGACAUGCCAUGUGGUUGGCUUGAAUACAGAUUGAAUUCAUUUGGUCAGAAAACUUUAAAAAGUUUUCUUUUGGGCAGGUGUAAGUGCGAUGUUGGAAAUCGUUGCGUACUUUCCGGCGAAAGACUCAGCAGCCAAGUAUUUGUGUAUCAAUGUCGUCCAAAUAUAACAAAUAAUGAUAAAUUUGCGCCGGAUCAUGAUAUUUAUAAGCCAAAUGAAGAUCUAUAUAAACUCUAUAGAGAUAUUAUCCGAUAAUCAAUAAUUAUAAAUUUCUAGCUAAUUAACUUAAUAGAUCUGCGGAAUUAGAUAAAAUCUAGGCAAUAAUUUUAAUCUCUGCCGGUGAUGAAAAAUAAUAAAUCAAAAAACGGAUAUAUCUUUUCAUAUUUAGUAUAGGGUUUUAUUUAAUUGCAAGUAUCAAUUAAAUAAUAAAUAAUUUUUCUUCACAAAAUGACUGACUGGAGUUCAUCGGCUCCCUUUAAUUAUUUUUUAUAUUUCAUCAAAUUUUUUUAUAGUAUUUACUGACAAAAAAUUUAUAUUUCAUUCUGAUAUAAUAGUUUGGCUUCUUAACAGCAUUUAUAAGACGAUGAAUCUUCUUAGGAUUCAAAGUGCUGAUGAUUUUGAUAAGAUAUUUCCUAGUAUUUUUAUGAAACGUGACUUUUUAAUAUUGCGUUAUAAAUUUAUAUCAUU